AGAUAUGGUCACGGUGGUGUUCUGACUGUACCAAGACUGUGACUGUGAUAUGAUAUCCAAUUUAAAACAAUCUAAUGUAAGACCUAAAAGUGAUGAGAAUCUACCCUAAGAUGCCAUGUUCUACAGUUUCUUCUUGGAAACAGGCCAAGGUCAACAGGCAACUAUGUAGAUUCUUAAAGAAGAUUAACAAAUGUCAAGUGAACAGAGAUGAUUUGUUUGUUUAUUUGUUCAUGCUGAUUACCGUAGUAGUCAUAGCCUUUAUAAUUAUUUUGGUCUGGACACUAGGAGGCGACAGAUGCAAUGGACAGAGAUUAAAGCAAGCUUUGUGUAAGGAGUAUACCAGUGGAGUUAUAACAGGAGAUUUAUGUUACAGUGUUUGUAUUGAGAAGUCAAUUCCUUUACAUUAUUGUGUAUCAGAAACACACAGUGAUAUAACCUACAGACAUGAGGAAUCACUUAUCAAAUUACAGAAGUACCCUGCAAUAGAACCUUUACCUUAUCCUAUAUCACUAGAAUCAUUCCAACAUAAAGUGUUCCAGUUUCUUCAGUAUAACCUAGGAGAAAUAGACUCACCAAAGCUAUUAGAUAAAGUCAUAGGGUUUACAGAUUUUAAUGCAAAUGGAGAGAUGAAUUAUGCUGAAUGUAAUACCUUGUGGCAGCUACUUCACACUAGAGAAUUUUUCAUUCUGUUGAUCUUUCAAGAUGAGUCAAGUUUUCCUAAGAUAAAUGGAACUUGUGGAAGUGCCUAUGCCUAUGAUUACAUUCCUAGUUCACCAUUGUAUCAAAAGAAAAGUGAUGUAAAUCCUGUGAUGCAGUACUUCUUUCCUAAUUAUAAUCAAUGGUUGUUACCACCCUGGGAGAAGAGAGCACAGAUAUCUAUAGGACUGUUGGAAUUGUCCUCCAUUUUGACAGAAUCUUUCAGUUCAAAGUUUUACAUGUGUGAUAUUAAACAUACGAACUUUGGUGUGUCAUCAGAUUAUGAAGCUAAAGUUGUCAACUUAGAGAGUCUUAUGUCUGAACAACAACUGUUACACUUAGGCAGCAAUAAACGCUGUUACUUUGAUAGUGAAUGUACCUAUGGUAUCGGUUGCAGUAUGUCAUGUGACAUAAAUUCCCGUACAUGUUCAAAUAUCCCUAGGAGACCAGCAGUCUCAUUUAUUUGUGAUAUAUUGAGAGAUUAUGUUUUAUUUGACUCCCCAGAGAAUUGCAAGUUUCUAUUUGAAUCGUUGAUUUCACAAUGUCAGUCCUUGACAUCACUAAAUCAUACAAUAGUUCACAAUGUGAUACCUUACAAGAUCAAAGAAAUACUGUGGAACCAGGUUAAAAAUAAACCAGUAGAUUGGUUAAAACCAAGAAAGAAAAGAAGUGUGCAGAAAAAUGCUCCUUUGAAAAAUGUACAGCAGAAAUUAUAACAGAAACUGAAAUUCUGAAAUUGCUAUUAUAGAAAUGAAAUAAACAAUAUAAGUUUCAGAAAAACAAAUGAGCCAUGAAAUGAAAUUAUGAAAAGACCACUUUAAAACAACCAUGUGGAAUUGUUAUCCUGAAGAAGAAAUGGGAAGUAAAAUUGUACAGUAGAAGUUAUACAUGAAUCAAUUGUGCAGAUUUGACACGAGACCCCAUAGCCAACAUUUAUCGUAUAUUACUUAGAUGUCUCCAUUAAAUCAAGUUGUUAGCAUAUUAAAAAUCACUGUGGGAUCGAAACUGUAUCUUAAUGCCCUUAAGACUUUCUACAUAAAAUCAAUGGUCAGUAAAGCAGGCGAGACAUUUCAGCAUGUGCACUCUUGUUUUUAUACGACUGCAAAAAUUUUUUGCAGUCAUAUAUUGGUAUGACAUUGGCGUUGUCGUCGUUGUCGUCCGAAGACACAUUGGUUUUCGCACAAUAACUUUUGUUUAAGUGAAUGGAUCUCUAUGAAAUUUUACCAUAAGGUUCAAUACCACAAAAGGAAGGUGGGGAUUGAUUUUGGGGGUUAUGGUACCAACAGUUAAGGAAUUAGGGGCCAAAAAUAAGCAUUUUUGUAACUUCCAGACAUAACUUGUGUGUUAGUGUAUGGAUCUCUCCGACAUUGUACCUCAAGGUUCCAUAUCACAAAGGGAAUGCUGGGAUUGAUUUUGGGUGUAAUUGCCUCCAAAUUUUAGGAAUUAGGGGCAAAAAAGGGGCAAAAAACAAGCAUUUUUCUAGUUUCAUGACAAUAACUUGUGUUCAAGUGUAUGGAUCUCUCUGAAAUUGUACCACAAGGUUCCAUAUCACAAAGGGAAUGCUGGGAUUGAUUUUGGGGGUAAGUGCCUCAAAAUUUUAGGAAUUAGAGGCCAAAAAGGGGCAAAAAACAAGCAUUUUUCUGGUUUCAUGACAAUAACUUGUAAGUGUAUGGAUCUUUAUGAAAUUGUACUACAAGGUUCCAUAUCACAAAGGGAAAGCUGGAAUUGAGUUUGGGGGUAAUUGCCCUUAACGUUCAGGAAUUUGGGGCCAAAAAACAAGCAUUUUUCUAGUUUCCAGACAAUAACUUGUGUUCAAGUGUAUGGAUCUCUCUGAAAUUGUACUGCAAGGUACCAUACCACAAAGGGAAGGCUGGGAUUGAGUUUGGGGGUGAUGAAUCAGAAGGGGGUUCAAAAAAUUGGGGGGGGGGGAUUUUUUUCCCUUUUUUUUCUUUAAAAUUUUCCAUUUUAAAUUGGUUAUUUCUGAUUUAUAUAUAAAAGCAAAUAAUAAUAAUAUGGUUUGAAUUGGUAAAUUAAAAUUUUUUAAGUUCUUAGACCACAUUCAUUCUGUGUCAGAAACCUAUGCUGUCAAAUAUUUAAUUACAAUCCAAAUUCAGUGCUGUAUCAAGCUUGAAUGUUGUGUCCAUACUUGCCCCAACUGUACAUCACAAUUCUGCCUUCCUUCAUUGUUUAUUGUAUCAAUAUGAAACUUCAAAGUCAGUCCACAAUGCCAGAGAUAUUAUUGCAGCUUAGUGGACAGUUCUAGUUUAUACAGUUAAGUAAUUACCUGAUAU